CUGGUUGGAGAAAGUUUCUUUGCUUUCUAGUAGUGACUCAUUAUUUAUUGAUCUUUUCCCGCCGAGAAGGAGUUACAAGGAAGCUGCAUAAAGUCUUCCUGACAGGCGCUUCUUAAUGCAUCCAAACACUGUGUAUGAAGUUCUUUCUAUACAAAGGAAUCUGUUAAGAUGUAUAGGAACAAAACCUGUGAGGAAUGUGAAUAUUUCUGUCAAAGCCUGUGUCUUUUAAAGAAAAGCUUGUCAUUUUACCAGAUGGAGGCAGAAAUAAUUUCUUCUGUGUUCUUUUAUGUCUGUUGCUGUUCAGAUAACUAGGGAUGCUUACAAAAGCUUAUGAUACAAUCAGAAGAGAGGGAGAGAGGCGAGGGAGGAAAAUCCACUGAAAGAUGCUGAUCUCUGUCACCCCAGAGCGAUGCAAGAGCACAGAAGUUGUAAUGGAUUUACAGGAACCUGAUGUUAACAUAUGCCUCCCUGGGCAUUUAUUGACAUAUGGAGCAUCAGUGAUGAUAGUUAGAGAUUGUGGAGUGUGAUGAGUAUGCUUUAAUUCACACAAACAGAAUAAUUGAAGACUCUGUACAAGCUCUACCAAUGCACCAUUUUUGCUAUAAUAAUAAAAGGCUAUUUUUUAGUGUUUUGGGAAUUCAUUGCAUUGCUUCUCAUCAAACAUGCAGACUUUUUGUGUAGCAUAUGUGCCCAUUGGCCUCUGAUCUCCAUGUGCUUUUUACUGUUCUUGUACUAAGUAAAAUAGCUGAAGUUCUUUUAAAUGUGAGAGCUGUUGUGUGGAAAUAGGUGUUUUAUUCACUUAUUAUAGUCAAAGACUGAUUGCUGUUGCACACAUGACAUAAGAUGUGGAAAAUCUGUCCCUUUUCUGUCUCUCCCAAUGAUAACAAAAAGUUGAAUUUAUGCUGGCUUGACAGAGUCCAGAUUACCAAGCAUAGCAAAGUUUCCAGUUCUCCUCUUGCUAUAAUGACUCUGUAGUGAGUAACUGGCACUGUAAAAUAGCUUUUCUCAGAAAACGAAUCUGACUUGAAGACACAAAGGGCAUAGGGCUCCAUUUCGUGUGAAAUGCAGCAUUGUUUUCAUGCAGCGAUCUCUGGAAGAGUGAUUGUAUUUUGAAUGCUAUGGACAGAAGGCUGUGCUACUGGGAACUCCACUAGCCCUAGGCUGGCACUCAGGUUUGUGUGCUUCACUGUUGUCCUGACAGAGCUACUAGGUGCUGUGUAAAUCCUGAAGAUAUUCCAGCUACUGGGUGCAGGUAACUAGGUAAGUAGCACAGGACUUUAUUUCACAGGCAAUUUAGAGGAACAGUUCUUGUCAGAACAGCAAAACUGCAGAAGAAGUAGUAUUGACUGAGUUUUUAGCUCUUCAGAAAUAUUCUAGGUUGGUCUCAAAUCAGUUGCUUUAAGGGAUAGUUGUUAAUUAAGUUGCUCCUUGUAUUGCCUUUACUGCAUCAUCCUACACAGUUUCCUUGGGAGCAGCCAGCUCAAUAAGGACUCAAUUCCCUAGCUGACCCAAAAGUUGAAAUUUUUUUUAGCUGUUCUGUAAGAUCCUUCAGCCCCUUUAUCUACAGCAUUUACCUUUGACAAGACUUUGUUGCAAUAAACCAGCACAUUCUUUGCUGCCAGGAGUCUUGCAGCACUGGAAGUGGAACAGGCAUCACAGUUUUGUUAGAAGAAAAAGCUAGGAGAUCUUAGUAAAAAGAGGAUGUGAGGAGGGCAGGGCCAGGAAAAAGUAGAAAUGUAUAUAUGCUUGCACAAUGCUGAGAGUAGAGGGAACUCAGAGGAAGCACUAGAUAGAAGUGCCAGUGCCUUCAUGCAGAAGGCAUUGGCACCAACUGCAGGUUAUUGACAUGGAUUGUACAAAACCUACUGGAAGAACAAGAAAUCUGUUCUGUUCCCAGAUAGGAAACUUUUCCCCGUGAGUGUUUCUCCUGUUGUCUCCCCAUACCAGACUCCUGCUUCACUCACAUUUGGUGAUAUGAAGAACAGUUUUCUUGUUUGCCUGAAGUAAAAGCCAAGCUGACCUGUCACUACAAAUGGACGGUUUUUCAAAGAUGAGGCUUGGUGGAGCAGCUUCUUGGUAUCUCAACUAUGGAAGGCCAACUUUGUGCUAAUGUGGACAUUUCUAUGAAAAAGCCUCCAGGAGCAAGCCCUUGGUCCUUCAUUGCUUUGCUGAAGGUACACCGAGAGCUUCUGGUCGGUAGGAUCCGAAACACACAAUGUUUGAUUGAUAACUUGAUUAAGAAUGACUACUUCUCCACUGAAGAUGCAGAGAUCGUUGUCCAGUUUCCUACUCAAGCAGAUAAGGUUCGCAAAAUUCUAGACUUGGUUCAAAGCAAAGGAGAAGAAGUUUCAGAAUAUUUCGUCUAUGUCCUGCAGAAAGUCACUGAUGCUUACUAUGAACUUCAGCCUUGGCUGGAUGAAAUAGGUUACGAGCCUUCAGAGAAUAUUUGUAGUAAACCUGUGGUAAAUACAGAUCCAGUUAGCAGGUAUUGCCAGAAACUCAGACAUGAACUGGGACGAGACUCCAAGUUUGUUAUGUUGUAUGCUCAGAAGGAGGAGAUGCUGCUUGAAGAAAUCUACUCCAACAGUAUUAUGGAACUGGUCAGUUUUACCAAUGAGAGUCUUGGCCAUGUGGGUCAAAUAGAAGCCCUUUUUGAUGAUUCAGUUGGGCUAAUUAAUGAAGAUGGAGAGACUGUUUAUGUCUACGGUGAUGCAGGAAUUGGAAAAUCCAUCUUGCUGCAAAAGAUACAAAGCCUUUGGGCCAGAAAAGAAUUGGACAUAGGGGCCAAGUUUUUCUUCUGUUUUCGGUGUAGGAUGUUUAGCUGCUUCAAGGAAGAUGAAGCCAUAUGUUUGAAAGACCUGCUCUUCAAAUAUAAUUGCUACCCAGACCAGGACCCUACAGAAGUGUUCCAUCACAUCUUGCAGUUCCCCCAUACAGUUCUUUUCACUUUUGAUGGCUUUGAUGAGAUCUAUUCCAACUUUGAUCUCAGCAGCGUACCUGAGAUAUGCUCACCCAAUGAACGCAUCCACCCCCUGGCACUGCUUGUAAGCCUUCUCAGAGGAAAGCUUCUUAAGGGAUCCAAGAAAAUUCUUACUGCCAGGACAGGAACUGAAAUCCAAAAAAACAUCAUUAGGAAGAAAGUGUUGCUCCGCGGUUUCUCCAGGAAUAACCUGAAGGAAUACACAGCUGUGUUUUUCAAAGAUGAGCGGCAACGAGCACUGGUAUCAAACCAGUUGGAAGCUAACCCAAAUCUCUGCAGUUUGUGUUCAGUGCCUUUAUUUUGCUGGAUUAUUUUUAAAUGCUUUGAGCACUUCCACUCCAUGUUUGACAGCCAUGAGCUUCCAGACAGUUCUGUUACAUUAACAGAUGUAUUUUUGCUCAUGAUUGAAGUCCACUUGAAUCGAUCUACAAAAACAAGUUUGCUGAAGAGCAAUAUCAGGAGCCAAGCAGAGAUGUUCAAAUCAAGAAAGGAAAGUCUUUUAGCUUUGGGUAAAAUGGCAUACAAAGGGAUGGAGAACUCUUCCUUUAUCUUUGAGCAGGAGGAAAUCUCAUCGGCAAACAUCUCUGAAGAAGAUUUGCAAUUGGGCUUUCUCAGGACAGUUAAAGGUUACAGUGGCUGUGACAGUCAGGCCACUUAUGAGUUUUUGCACUUAACCCUCCAGUCUUUUUUCACAGCUUUGUUCUUGGUUAUGGAGGAGAAGGUGGGUACCAAGGAGUUACUUGAGUUUUUCAAUGAAUGUUCUUCCAUGGAGACUGCCCAGCCUACUUGCCUUCGUAUCCCCUGGUUGAAGAAACAACUAGCAGGGGAGGAUCCUUUCCAAAAUAAAGAACACUUUAAUUUUACCAACAUGUUUCUUUGUGGCCUACUUUCUGGAUCCAGGCAGAAGCUCUUCAGACAUUUAGUUUCACCUGCGGUCAUUAAGAGGAAGAGAAAAAUUCUCAUCACAUAUCUUGGGAAGAACAUGAAAUCCCACCUGAAAGGCUACACUCGGUCCAGGCUUAAAAGCUACAAUCAGGUGCAGGUGCAGCCCAACUUUGUGUGGAUGCUGAGGUGCCUGUAUGAGACGCAGAGUGAGAAGGUGGGGAGGAUGGCAGCCCGCCGCAUGCACGCCAACUACAUCAAGCUGGCCUACUGCAACGCCUACUCUGCCGACUGCAGCGCCAUUUCCUUUGUGGUGCACCACUUCCAAAAGCGCCUGGCUCUGGAUCUGGACAACAACAACAUCAAUGACUAUGGAAUAAAACAGCUGCAACCUUGUUUCAGCAAGCUUGCAGUGAUCAGGCUCAGUGUAAAUCAGGUCACAGAUCAUGGCGUAAGGAUCUUGUAUGAAGAACUCUCCAAGUACCAAAUUGUGUCUUUCUUGGGCUUAUACAACAACCAAAUCACUGAUGUUGGAGCCAAAUAUGUUGCAAAACUAAUUGAAGAGUGUUCAAGCCUGGAAUAUGUUAAAAUAGGAGCAAACAAAAUAACGAGUGAAGGAGGGAAGUGCCUUGCCCAGGCCAUCCAGAAGAGCAAGACAAUGUUUGAAAUUGGGAUGUGGGGUAAUCAAGUUGGAGACGAAGGAGCAAAGGCAUUUGCAGAGGCCCUGAGGAACCACCCCAGGUUAACAAACGUGAGUCUUGCAUUCAAUGGCAUCACAACAGAGGGAGGCAAAAGUAUUGCUGAAGCCAUGCAACACAACAACUCCGUGAGGAUAUUCUGGUUGACUAAAAACGAGCUGGAUGAUGAGGCAGCAGUGAGUUUUGCAGAGAUGCUGAAGGUCAACAAGAAACUGGUGCAUUUGUGGCUUAUCCAGAAUCAAAUUACAGCCAAAGGAGUGAAGUGCCUCAGCGAAGCUCUCAAGGAGAACACGACUAUUCAAGAAAUCUGCUUGAACGGGAACCUGAUAAGCCAAGAAGAGGCCAAAGCUUUUGAAAAUGAAGAGCGGAUUAUUUGUUUUUGAAUGAGGACUUCCCCAUUUUGCCAAGUUGGUGUUAACAAAGGUUACUCCUACACUUGGACUGCAGAGUUUAUAAAGGUAUAAAUCUACAGUGCUUGUGGCAGGAGAGAGAUACACAAUAAGCUGCCUUUUUAUGAACACACUGCACUCCCUUAGCUCCAUCCUUUACCCUGCCUGUUAUUCUUAAUCCUUUUGGUGAGUGGGAAGUUGCCUGCGUAAAUAAUUAAUGUUUGUUCGGUGCUUUGAAGAUGAAAUGCAAAGUGUUAACAGACUAAAUCCACUGGCAGGUGUAUGUAUUUUGAUAACUGAGUUUAGAUCUAUUCUGUACAGUGAUGUAAAUAAUCUCUUAACUUAUUUAUAUACGUAAAUAAAGACACACAAAUAUAUAUAUGCAAGAAAGAGUGCAAAAUUCACAAACUCCACCAGUUCUGAGUAUUACCUGCCUCAGAACUGAAAACGAAUAUAUACAUAGCUUUACCAGAAGUGGUAUCUAUAGUAGUUGCUUGGUGUCAGUAUUUUGAACAUUAAUUCCUUCUGCCUGCCUAGAAAUUAGGUCCCUAUUUCUCCACUGACAACAGGCAGCAUCCUAGACACUGCUUUUCUUUUUGUUGGGUUUUUUUUGGGUGGGUAGAAAUGGAUGCAUCAGACUCAGAUUACUUUCAGUAAUCUUUUUUCCCAUAUGGAAGUCAAUCCAUUUUCUUUCAUGCUACAAGAAGUCCUUACUGCCAUCACUGUAAAAACAUAACAUGGGCAGGAAACCACGUCUGCUUCAAAUUUCCAGAGGGCUGCAUAGAAACGGCUGCCUUCUGUUUCCACAGUGUUUGUUCUGGGGAGAGGGUCUGGAGACAAACUGAACAAUUAAUUAGCAGGCUGUUCAUUGCCUUGGCUCCUGGCCUAGGCACCGUGCUGGUGGCACUACACCAAUAUCACGUUGCCCAGCAUCAGUGGGGAGAAAGGACGAUUGAAAAUCAACUGCGUCGAGUAGAAAUCCCUUCUCCCAGCAACAGGCAAGCACACAGGAGGAUUGAGAUUGGCUUGGAAAGCUUUUAGUCUAUGCUUGAAUCAGUGGACAGAGCAAGGCAAGCAGUAGUAGUAAUAAUAAGGACCAGCAAGAAAACACUAUCCUCCCCCCAAUGAUUAUUGUUUAGGGAGUGUAACUUGAGAGGCUUUAAAAGAAACCAGUUUGCAAAGGAGUGGACUAUUUGAUUAUUUUUUGUGGGAGCUUUACAAACUCAAACUCUAUCCCACAGCGUAGGGGGUAGAUUUUGAGUUUAUAAACCUAAAAUAGAAGAGUGUGAGCCAUUUUCAUCCUUCUCCAAUGUUACCAUCCCCCCUCCAAACUUUGAGAAGCAAUUCUUCGGUUGCUGACUAACCCACAAAACCUUGGUAGGUUGGAAGAAGAAUCUCCAGCUAAAAUGCCAAACCAGUGAACCCUCACCUCCCCAUGUCCCAAAUCUGCCCCAUGAAGCAAAGUAAAUGCUUGCUUUGCAGAUCAGAGCUUCUCCAUUUCCUAUGUGGUAGCAAACCUUUCCCAGCCCUCAAUUCUCUCUGCUCCCUUCAGCUCCCUAACACAUUUUAAAAUACUCAUAGGGCUUCUCACAAAACCUGCAGUUAUAAAGGAAAAAAAAGGAAGGAAACCAACUUAGUUAUUUUUCAGUGUUUUUUCCUCCAUGCCUAUGGUAUCAACACUGAUUUUUCACAGGGAGACAAGAUGAGGUUUUUCAACCAUGCCAGAGGGAACUCAGCUAACUUGAAUGAUUUCUGCACCUGAGCCAUUUGUUUACUGAAGCAAAAGGGCACACAGUUACAGAUGAGCUGGAUUUCAAUUGCCAAAACAUCUGCCAAAGCAAAGCCUUUAAAGACUUCUCAGUGACUUUAACAAAUCAGAGACUCAUGCACCUUGUCAAACUGUGUUUUGCCAGCCUACUCUGAUGGAAGGAAGAAGAUAUUGGUGUAGGGAAGGGCCUUCACCAGAGGUGUAAUUUUCCUGUGUUUGAGGAAGUAUUCUUCUCCUUUGCUCUAAUCACAGAAUUAUUUUCUCAUUUUCCAGGUAGAAAAUAUGUUUAAAACUACAGUUCCUGUCCUCAUUUCACUAAUUGACUAAAAUAGCUCCCCUCAAGCUUUCCAGUGCAGUCACAUCUGCCCCUUUUUUGGGCUAGAGCAACCUUUGGCAUUGUUUGUAGUGACAAGCUCGGCCCUGUUGCAAAUCUUGUUCCAUACUUGGCUGGAACAUACAAGCUGGGCAUCCUGGUUUUUUUUUUCAGGGACAGCAACAUUUACAGGGCUGCAGGAGCUAAAUGCAUCCUCAGGGUGAGUGGUGGCAGGAUCAACCCCAGCUCCAUGCAGGACAGAGUUUGGCACUGAACAAGAUUACAGUGGCAGAGACAGAGCCAGUCACAGCCACUCCUUUCAGAGGUGAUCUUGGGCAGAAAACACUUGUUUGGACUGGGCUGAAGGUUUGAGCACAGCUCACUCUGGGUUUGAUAGAACCAAGGGAUUUCAUAACAUCCUGCUCCUAGUUCACCAGAGCAGGGGGUCUGCUUCACAGAGCACAUCACAGCUCUGGGAGUCAUGCUGGGCAAACUGGUCGCUGCUCUGGGAGUAGCCAGACAUGCCUUGUUUAUCUGCACAGCAUUUCUGGCUGAAGCUCUUCCUGGUCUUACUGGCCUGUUUGUAAGGGCAUUGGAGCAACACUUCUGCAGCUUGCAGAGAGAGACUUGUUUACUUAGAGACAACUGUAACUUUUUAAAGACUUGUUUGUAAUUUGCUGAAGCCUUCUCUGUACACUGCGUCAUGUUUUUCCACUCGUCCACUGUGAUAAUAAACAGCUUUUUAAAGAACAA